AUGGCAGUACUUAAAUGUGAAUCACCCAGCAGUCUCCAAAGGAAGAACGCCGCAGGGCUGACCCCGUUCAAUGUCGAGGCCAAGAAUGAGCACCGCAAUGGGAUCCUCUCCGUCUCCUACGUCCAGCGGGUCCUUGUGGAGGUUUACGGACAACGGGUCGAAAUCCUCAAAAGCGAGAGGGGCCAAGUGCUGGUGAACCACGUGUGGAGAACGCUUCCUGUGACCAUGGUGAACGGCUCCGUGACCGUCGGCAGGGAUGGCCGGUACGUGACGCUGGAGACCGACUUCCACCUCUCCGUCUCCUACGACGCGGACCACUCGGUGGAAAUCCGGGUCGAAAGGAUUGUUGAUAAAAGGAAGAACAAAAAAGGUAAAUGGGAAUAUCUUAUACGAUGGAAAGGUUAUGGCAGUAAUGAAGACACAUGGGAACCGGAACACCACCUAUUACACUGUGAGGAAUUUAUCGAUGAAUUUAACGGACUGCACGUGACGAGAGACAAGCGGGCGAAACAUGGGAAACAAACCACUGCGCCAAAAUUUUUGCGAGAGAGCCGAGGAUCGUCUCUCGACAAACUGCCACACAGACCCUCUGACUCUGGGAAGAGCAAAGGUUUGUCCCAUAAAAAGAAGCGCAUGGCCUCAACAUUUCAGAAGCCAAAAAAGGGCUACACAGCCAAACCGGCCUCUUCGGGAGACAGAGCUGCUAAAACAGUCUCCUACCGGACUACGCCCAGCGGUUUACAGAUCAUGCCGCUGAAAAAGCCGCACAACGGCCUGCAGAAUGGAGAUGCCAGUUAUGAGAAAGAUACUGGACCUUUUGGGAACGGCUCCCAAAAGGCAAACGUGGAUUUAAAUGAACACGAAGGGGAACCUGAUUUGCCUGGACUAUUGGAUGUUAAUAGCGAAUCACCAGUCAUGAAUGGAAUCGGUUCUUCGCUGGCCAAUGGAGGCCUGAAUCUUCAUAGCACUGUGAAAAGGAAGCUGGAAGGGGAAAAGGAUUACGUCUUUGAUAAGAGACUCAGGUACAGCGUGCGGCAGAACGAGAGCAACUGUCGGUUCAGGGACAUUGUCGUACGCAAAGAAGAUGGAUUCACGCACAUCCUCCUGUCCAGUCAGACCUCAGAUAACAAUGCACUGACUCCAGAGAUUAUGAAGGAGGUACGGAGAGCCCUGUGCAAUGCCUCGGCCGAUGAUAGUAAACUCCUGCUUCUGAGCGCAGUGGGCAGCGUCUUCUGCAGUGGCCUUGAUUACUCCUACUUAAUUGGCAGGCUGUCAAGUGACAGAAGAAAAGAGAGCACUAGAAUCGCAGAAGCUAUAAGGGAUUUUGUGAAAGCCUUUAUUCAGUUUAAGAAGCCUAUUGUGGUGGCAAUCAAUGGUCCUGCACUAGGCUUGGGUGCUUCCAUUUUACCACUCUGUGACAUCGUUUGGGCAAGUGAAAAGGCCUGGUUCCAGACCCCCUAUGCAACAAUUCGGCUUACUCCAGCUGGCUGUUCUUCUUACACAUUUCCACAGAUACUGGGAGUUGCACUGGCCAAUGAAAUGUUGUUUUGUGGAAGGAAACUUACAGCGCAAGAAGCGUGUAGCCGAGGACUCGUCUCUCAGGUCUUCUGGCCCACAACGUUUGGGCAAGAAGUGAUGCUGAGGGUGAAAGAAAUGGCAUCCUGCAGCGCUGUGGUGUUAGAAGAAUCGAAAUGCCUUGUGCGGAGUUUCUUAAAAUCUGGUCUCGAAGAUGUAAAUGAGAAAGAGUGCCAGAUGUUAAAACAGCUGUGGAGUUCUUCCAAAGGACUGGAUUCAUUAUUCAGUUAUCUACAGGACAAAAUUUAUGACGUCUGACAUGGCUAAGCAGCGUGAAGCGAGGAAAAACAAAGGUGGAGGAAAACGAGAUUUCAAGUGUCACAGAGGAAUAACAUCAUGGUCAAAUCCAGAUCCAAGAUGUCCUUCAGAGGAAAUUGUGGACCGUGUCUGUAACACACCUGUGGUCAUGUCCGUUUUCUUGUGAGUUCGAUUCAGCCGCUUGUCCUGGCAAGAUUUUUCCUUAUAGAAAAGAGGACGGCCCCAGGAUGCAGAGCCUUUGCUGAGAGCUGCAUCUUCUAGCUGGAAAGAACAACACAUUCCAUGUGCUCCCAAGGCACUCUGUUAGCUCCUAGACGGCGAAAUGUGAAUAUCAAUUCCUUUUGUCAUUGUUUUUAAACGAAUGGAUUCUUCUUACAAUCAACUUGUCUUUGCAUUGAUCCAAGCGACUCAAUCUCAGCUUCAGGCCAGGAUCAUGCUUUGGCGGCCCAACCGUAGAUAUAUUUCAGUACUUCUUUUCUUUACUUUUUUUAGAAAGUUAACAAUGGAGUGAAUGGUGUGAGGGGGGGAGGCGAUAUAAUUUAUAUCUAUGAUGUAUAAAAUAAUAAUUAUUUUGCAACUACAAAGAACCUAUUAGAAAUUCUUCCUGUGUUUUUCUCCCCCAGUUAAAUUUAUUUAAUUAAUUUAUUUGUGUGGUUGUGUACCUUAGUAUGUUUAUAGGUAUGUAUUUAUAUAGAUAUAUACAUGCGCAUGUGCGCAUAUGCAUUGGUGUGUGUGUAUAUGUGAUGGUGUACGUAUACACACAUGUCCACACACUUGACUGUUGACCUUGUUAAGAUGCUAUUUUUAGCAUUGUUUUACGCCAUUAUAAUUAUCUUGUUUCCCAAACUUGGAUAUGUUUUGCACAGUUCGACAAGGCUCUUUGGUUUACUUUAAACAGAUUGAUCUGUGUGGAUAAGAAAAAGAGGGUUACGCAGAAGAGGCCCUAGAACGCUUCGGAAUAUUAAGGAAACAAUUAGAUCCGUGUUCCUAGAUGCAGAAAAUAGUAAGAAACAGGUACAGAGGGUAGAUAUCAUUGCAUAAUAUUGAUCAAGAAAAACCAGCAUAAACCUGAAGCUGUGUGUGUUACACGAAUCCUCUUCUUCUUCCUGACAACUUGAGGUAUAGUGUAGGGGGUGUUGUUGUUGUUUUUAAUUAAAAAAUGCGUAUAUGUUUACUAUAUUUUUCUUGUUGGCUGGACAUGAAAAAACAGGGUGAAUGGUGUGUAAACGGAGGUGCCAAUAAACAGUUAAGCCCCUCUUUGGCCCGGGGAGCUUGGCGGUCUAGGUCUCAUGAGCUUCUCAGUGUAAGAGAAAUGCUGGUGAGAAGCUACUACGCUGUGAAUUAUUAGAUAACAAAAACUCCCUUUUUCUGUCUCUUUUUUUGGCACGUGGCGGUUGGCUUCUCCACCUCCAAAUUGGGUGAAGACAUCAGUUUCCCUCAGAACGAUCACUCUUCUUUUGCCGGGUGUGAUCCCCGAUAUAUCUAGAAAAGAAUUUUUCCCCAUAUUGCAUCAGUUUAAUGCCUUACGAUGGGUGGGUUUAAGUCCCCAGAGAAAAAUAAUAGAAGGGGCGCAUCCUUCAAAUGAAGCAACGACAAUGGCCAAACCAACGUGUGUUAAGGCAGGAAGUUUCGGUGCCCAAGCUAGUCAAAAUAGGUAUAUACUUUUCACUUUCAAACUGCUAAAGUUGAAGGCAACUUUUCACACUGCAAAUGUGAACACUGAAUAUAAACAUUUGCUUGUAGUAUCAUUUGUUCCCUGUAGCAAACAAGAAGGACUUCCGGAAGUUUCUUAAACAUUACUUUUCCCCUCAUCGCCAUGUUUUUGCUUCGUUUUUUCCCUCUCUGCCCAGUAUGAGCGUAGAAAACAGUUUCUUUUUAAAUUCCUUCCCUGUUUCUCUUUGAGAGCUUCCAAAAAAGACAGUAGGGUAGGAGGGAGGGUUUAAUCUUUUGCUCUCUAUGAGGUAGAAGUCCAACCUGUUCAAAGGCAUACAUGGAGAUCAUUGUGCAGAGCUUCUAGUUAACGUAGAGAACAUCUUCCAGUUAAAAAUUGUCUAUAUAUCUUUUUGGAAAUAAAUAUUCAGUGUGGUUUGCAUUGUAAGGAAAGAGGGAAAGGUUGAUGUCUCUGAAAUGAACUGGGAAUUAUUUCUAGUCGCCCCUUUACCAUUAUACUACUGGACUCCAGUUUAGCUUCCUUAGAUUAAUGUAUGGAACUAAAAUCAGAAUGUUACAUACGCACUAGCAGAAGAUGUCCUCGCAGUGUAUGAUCUCGAGGGAGAAUAUUCGAAAUUUGCCUCUCUCAACAAGUGGUACAGCCUCAAGAGGAUUUAUCUCCCACAGACUGAUGAACUGGCAGGAAUUGUUCCCAUACUAAGAUUUGCUGACAGACAGAGUUCUCGACAUUUUGCUCUCUGGACAAAAGAUGUUCAUAAUACACCCAAUUUUUUCACAUAUGCUGAUCAGUUUCUUCUAGAGACUUUUCAAAAUUUCCAUAUUGCCACAUUUCUUUGGUAAAAGCGUGUUGAAACACACUGAACUACAAUCUCUUUUUAAAAAAAGACUCUUAAGCUUUUAAACAUUUUUUAAAAUCAUAACUACACGGUUAAUCCAAUUUCCAUGAAAUCUUUUUUUUAAAGGGCAUUCUCUCUUUUUUUAGAAAAAACAACUCAUCCAGAUCUCUCUUUCUGUCAUCACUGGGUAUUCAGUUUGGUAGGUGUACUGUAUAUACUAGAUCAAAUAUCUUUAUUGAAUAUUCACAGUAUUUAAUAAAAUAAAUAAAUAAAUGCAGAUUUGUUGUUAAGUAUGUUACAUUAUUUCAUGUAAAUGGUUUUGUACAAAUCUUUAAAGAUCUGCAGUUUUUUGCAUUUGUAAAUAUGGAAAAGUAAGCAACUUCAUUUCUGUGUGUUUGUCUUGCAUGUAUAUUUUUGCUGUACAUAAAACAGCUUAGUUGGUUAUCCUUCUGUUUCAACGAAUAAGCUUUCAGACUUUAAUACAGUAUAUAUAUUUUCAAAAAUAUAAACUUUUAUAUUUCCGUGGUAGAUUAGGGUAAGCGUUGUAGGCAAUCUUUUCCCCACUCUGGCCGACCGUUCUUUUAAUUCCUCGCAUUCCAGGGCUGGUGCCAAUUAUUUUUCACUUUGAAUAAUUUUAUCGUUUAUUCUUCUAAAUAUAUGCAGCAGGGUUUUGCUGGUUGGUUUUCACUGCAGCCUUGAAAUCAAUGAUUUUAAGCUACCGAUCUGUAAAUUUACUGCAUUUGUGAAUAAGCCUUACCACUAGUUUGGAUCAAACAUUGUGAAUUGUGUCAGGAAGGUGGAGAGGGUUCGACUAGUUGUGAUGGCACCAAACCAUGGUUUAGAAUCAAGGCAGGGAAUCACAGCUUAGAAGAGCUUCGUGGCGCCGUGGUUGAACUGCUGUACUGCAGUCAAAACUGUGCUCACGACCCGGGGUUCAAUCCCAGGUAGCCAGCUCAA